AUGGCAGAUAGAAAAGUGAGUAAAGGAAAGAAUAUAAGAGAGAGAUCUCAUCAGGGCUUGGUCUGAGGAGUAAAGAGGAAGACAAUUGGAGUACAGAAGGCAUCAGAAAACAAGAUAAACAACAAAACAAAUAUUCUCAUCCCAAAUUAUGCAGGGGUUAAAUUUGGAACUCUCGAUUUUUCAACUAGGGUGAAACAGAGGAGGAAGAAGUUCUCUGAAAAAUCUAAGGAGGCUAAAGCAUCUAAUCGGAAAGGAUAUUAUGCUAAAAUUUCUAACAACAAAUCUCAAAAUUCACCAGUUCUUACAAGAUAUCGUACAAACUCUGGAAGUAGUAAUUUGAAGAACUCUGGGAGAUCCUUGCUUAAGAAUAGUAAAGGAUUAUCAAGAGCAGUUUCAUCAGGAAAUUUUGCUUAUAAAAAGAAGCAAAUCUCUUUGUCUAAGAAAAAGAGUAGCAAUCAAAGAUUUAUGAAAUCAAUCGCUCAUUUUAAGAAUCUGAAAGCAUCUUCUCAGAAGCGCAAGAGUAAAAAUAACAUUGCUAAUCAUAAGUCCAUCGGGUUGGAGCAUGUCACCACUAGCAAAACCUCGUCAGAAUUAGCAACUAAGAAGGUGAAUAGGAAUCGAACUGAUUUCUCUAUACUUCCUACAUUAAAUCUUUCAGGGAUGCACAACCAGCUCAGCACUGUUCCUGUCUCUCUAGUUGACUCAGAGUCGACCAGAGGAGCUAUUAAGGGAUCUGUGACUACUAAGAAUAGGUCUAAGUUGUAUAAACUUGAUCUAGUAAGACACAGUGCAGAUGCUCAAAAUCCAAACCAUAAUCAUUUGGUGACUGUUAAGUCCACAGCUGUGUGAACAGAAAAUCAAGUUGAGAGUAAUUCCAAUGAAAGAAAUUCUAAGCUAAGAGAGCAGCUGAAAAAAACUAGGAAUUAUGUUAGUAUAAAUCAAAGUCAAGCACCUGGGUCGACUAACGAGGUGAAGAAUAUUACAUGUGGCAGUUGAGAGAGUAGUGACUUUAAGUGAGAAAUUGAGAGAUCAGUAGAGUCAGGAACUCAAGAGGAAAUUAAAUAUUUAGACUUCGAACACAAUGAAAAUGGACUACUUCAUCAUGAACAUUCUCAUCACAAUAUUUUUAGCCUUUUGAAUAAAUCUGGAGUUAGCUCGGCUCAAAUUUUAGCAUUCCUCAAGCAAUAUGAUGAUGAAGAAUUGAAAAAUAUAAUCAAACUUCAAAACAAGUUGGACAGAGGCUGGACUCUACUUCACUAUAUUUCCCAACUAGGAUUCGUGUUGCUUAUGAACUACAUACUAGAUAGAGCCCCUUCCACAGACCUGAACAAAAUAUCACAUGAAGGGCAAACUCCUUUACAUGUUGCUAUAGAAUCUCUUAACUUUAGCAUGAUAAAAUUCCUUUUGUCAAAUAAUGCUUCCAUUAACACCAGAGAUCAUAAAGGGAAAACCCCUUAUGACCUGCUAGUUGAACGCAAGCUAUCUUACUUGGUCAAGCAACAGGAAUCCGAAACUUCUGCUGAGGAACCUCCGAAGAAGCUUAAGACUGUGAAUAUUAGUGUGCAUAAAGUUCAGGAAAAGAACUUGGAAGGAAUUUUUAAAGGACUUCGUAAAUAUUUUAACACUAAGUUACCUCCAAAAUGAGAUGAAAACUGGUCUGUUCUAGAGCCACCCUCUUCUGAAGCUUCUUCUACAUCAGGGUUUGAAGAGUCUCAACAGGAGGAAUUCAAGUUCCAGUCGAAUCAAUCUGAGGAGGAUGAGAGUGAAGGCAUUAAGCAAGCUGAAAUAGUUCCUUGAACAAAAGUGGAUGUUCCUGUCCCUAAAAGAAAACAAAUAAAUCUUCAAGAAACCUGCAAAGAUAAGGCUCAAAAAGUUGGACCAAAAAGUUUCUCUGUCAUAAAGCUCUUAGGCACUGGGAGUUUUGGAGAAGUAUAUCUGGUGGAAAAAUAGAACCUCUGGCAAACUUUAUGCUAUGAAGAUACUUAAAUAAGGAUAGAAUUAUUGGAAAGAAUCUUACAAGAUAUGCACUCACUGAGAGAAACGUAAUGAGCAUAUCAAAUCAUCCCUUUAUUGUCAGCCUACAGUAUGCCUUCCAGACAGAAGAUAGGCUAUUCCUCGUCAUGGACUACUGUCCUGGAGGAGACCUUGGUGAUUAUCUAGAGGCAGAGGAAUAUUUCAGCGAAGAUAGAGCAAGGCUCUAUCUGGCUGAAAUAGUCCUUGCACUUGAAGAUCUCCAUUCCAGAGGCAUCAUCUUCAGGGACCUUAAGCCAGAGAACAUAGUCCUCGAUGGACUAGGCCACUGAAAGCUGACAGACUUUGGUCUCUCCAAAGAAGGACUGAUUGAGAAGGAAGAAAUCGCCAAAAGUUUCUGAGGAUCUUAUGCUUAUCUAGCUCCAGAGAUGAUCAAUAAAACUGGUCAUGGCAAGAAUGUUGACUGGUACUUACUUGGAGUUUUACUGUAUGAAAUGCUAGAAGGGAUUCCUCCCUUCUAUGAUCAUGAUAAAGAUACAUUGUUUAAAAAUAUCCUUGAGAAUCCUGUGGAGUUAGGAGAAGAGCUUUCAAAAGAAGCUCAGGAUUUGAUUCUUAGAUUGCUCCAAAAAGAUCCUGAAAAGAGAUUAGGGAAUACAAAUGGAGCAAGUGAUAUCAAAGAACAUCCCUGGUUCUCAUGCUUGAAUUGGAAAGAUGUUGCUAAAAGGCGCACCUACCCACUAUUUCCUGUAAGAAUUAUUAUUAAACUCUAGUAUUUGUACAAGUCAAAGGAGGAGCAUUUAGCCAAUCUAGAUUUUACUAACAUUAGAGCUGUCAGACAAUAUAACAACUAUUUUCACAACACAGAAGAUCGUAAGUGCUUUGCGAUAACUUUGGUAGGAGCAGAAAAGUCACAGAGGUACCAUGUUCAAGACUGGUCUUUUUGGAAGGCUUCUCAUAUCUAAUCUGAGCUUUUAUUAACCAAUUUCAAU